AUCCUCCUCCUGUUGACCACCAUCAUUCGACGGCAGAGGAACCAUGAGAUGACGUCUCUAGGGCGAGCUCGGCUGCCCUCGAGUAUGGAGAAUGGUCCGACAAUGCAUAUCACGCGGAAUCCCGCUAUACGCAUUCGACAAGCUGUCCGAGAUAAUAAUGUUCCACUCCUCGCUCGACUACAGCAUAAGACUGAUCUCAGGAACACGGAUCGUAACAGAUUGACCAGUUUAAGCUGGUCAGCUAUUGAUGGGAGCUUGGAGGUGUUUGAAUGGCUCUUAUUGGAUUACGGACAUGAUGAUCAAGAGCUAAGUCGAGAUGCCGAUAACAAUACCAUCCUCCACCUACUUGCGUCUGUCCCUUCGCCUCCUGGGUUAUCACCUCAUAAUCACCUCAUUGAAUCUUUUUCAUUUUCUCUUCGUUCCACUACUCGACCAAUCUCUGAACAAAUUGCCAUUUGUUUACGAAUGACCCACCUCUACCAUACAGUCUUCCCGUUCAUCCUUGAUUGGUCCAACUCGGGUGGUAAGACGGCUCUCCAUCUCGCUGCUCAAGCCGGAAACUCGCAAUUCGUCAAUACUCUAUGCGACUUUGGGGCAGAUAUCGACUUGACAGAUCUACAGGGCAAUUCUCCUCUGCAUUAUGCUUCUGCCUGGGGCCAUAUAGAAACCAUCAAAGUCCUGUUGGAUCGAGGCUGCCCACACAACGUCAAGAAUGUCGAUGGCUUCACAGCUGCAGAUUUCGCGUACUCGCAUACGGUCAAGGCGGCCUUGGAGGCGGGAGUGAGAGAGAUCUACGACGGCAAGCGGAAUAGACGAAAAGCAGAGAUCAUCUCGAACGAAAUAAUGAACCCAUUAACGGAACCUAGGAUGAGAUCUGGAAGCACUUCGACAGGUCGUUCAGGGUCACGACAGCCCAGUUCUCAGCCCAUCAUGAGGAGGGAGUCUGAACCGAAUUCUAAACGACCAGAAGUCUUACCUUUAACCAUUGAUACGCGCAUACCUCGACCCUUUCCUGGUAGAUCCCCAUCACUUCCCGUAUCAUCUCAUCCGAAAUCACCUCCACCGCCAUUACCCGGCCCGCAAGUUAUUGGUAUUCCGACGAGUCAAGGACCGCCCCAGAGCUUACCUAUGCGGAGGGCCAACUCGGCUCAGACAGGAAGCUCAGCCAGUGAAGGAUCACGCAGAGCCCGGGGCACACCAAUUUGAGCAAAGGAGUAGAUGAUGAUAUGCAUGGAUACAGUA